GUUGAUUUUCGAUUAUCUCGUCAUAUAUAUGCGGACUAGCGAUGAUGAAUGCUUCUCCUGCUGCUAAAACAAAUCUAUGGAAGAAAUUUUUCAGACAAUUUCGUGGGAGGAGCCUCAUCCCUCUCAGAAGCUCCCCUGCGAAAGCUGCUCUGAUGCUGAUGAAGAUGUGAUCAAGUCUGAGGGUUUUUUUUCCCAGAAUUGGAGAUCAGCUUCUCCGUCGCUACAACCAUGGGAUGGAUCUUUUCUGUACCCCGACUGGGCUCAGAGCCAUAAUCAGCCUGGAAUAAGCAGUGGAGUUGUCCCAAACCAGAUCAGUAAUCAUUCUCCAAGCCUAAAGGAACUUACUAAUAAUCAUUCUAUUUUGAAAAGGAACCUAUUAAGCGUAUCUGGAUCAGAGCGAGCUCUAAGGAAAAAGAGAAUCGAUCAGGCAUAUCGGGAAAGAUGUAAGAAUCACAAAAUGGAAAUGCAAUCAAAUGUGGAGAACCUUAAAGACGAAAAUGAUUCUUUAAAGAAAGAGAAUACUUCCUUACUAAAGGAUUAUUCUUUAAUGAAUCAAACUUUGAGAGAUCAAGAAAAAGAGAUUGAACAGUUGAGGAAUGAUCUUCUUCAGCUUAAGCGCGAGCAUGAGAAGCAAAAUGUUCUUGUGCUAACACUUUCAGGGCUUUUAGCUGAUCCAAUGAGGCUUGAAAACGAGAAGCUAAAAGAUGAAAAUGCAUCAUUGAGGAAGAAUGCCAAUCCUAAUUGUAACUUACCACAGCUUGCAGAGGAGAAUGCAAAAUUAAGAAUUGAAAAUAAAGUACUCAAGGUGCAGAAUGAUGCUUUAUGUGGGAAGAUUAUCAGUGACGAUGACAAGAAGCAUGAACAAGAACACUUUCACCACUGUCCACAAUGGCUUCAAUCGUCUUUUGUAGAGGGAAGAGAUGUUACAGGGUAAGAAGAUUGGAAUCGAAUUUUUGAGAUGGUAUUUGUUGUGAUGAAAGUUAUAGAUGGACAAUGGUGAUUACUUUAAAUGUAUAUUUAAAGUUUUUGAGAUGGUAUUUGUGUUUUAGUAAUGUAUAUUUGAUAGAUUUAAUGGUAUUAUAAGCACUCGAAUUUUUUCAAAAA